AUGAAGGGCCUGAAAGAGUUCCGACGCUCCCUCAACAAGGACCGCAGCUCCGGCGGCAAGCCGGCUGGAUCCGCGCAGUCACCCAGCACCUUUACCGGCGUCAAGAGCGCCGUCACCAUCCAGCCACCCAAGCUCGUCAUCCGCGCCAUCAAAGACUACCGCUCCACCGCGCCCCACGAGCUCUCCUUCCACAAGGGCGACUUCUUCCACGUCACCUCCGAAUCGAGCACCAACCCGGACUGGUUCGAGGCCUGCAACCCCAUCUCCAACGCCCGCGGCCUGGUCCCCGCCUCGCACUUUGACGUCCUGUCCAAGAGCAGCAGGGCCGCCGCCACCAGCGCAGCAGGCCCGGGCGCCGUCUCUCCGACCCUGGGCAGCGGCGGUCCCACAUCGCCCAACUUCGCGUCCCAGCAGGCGGCCGGACCCACCGCGUCGAGCAUGUACGGCCGAGCAGCUGGCGCGGCCGUUGCGGGAAAGGGAGGCGCGGCGGGCGGCGGAGGACUCUAUGCGGUGGUCAAGUACAACUUCGUCGCCGAGCGCGCCGACGAGCUCGAGGCAAAGGCCGGCGAGCCCAUCAUCGUCAUCGCCCAGUCCAACUACGAGUGGUUCGUCGCAAAGCCCAUCGGCCGCCUCGGCGGACCCGGCCUGAUCCCCGUCACUUUUGUCGAGAUCAAGGACCUGGUGACCGGACGGCCCGUCGAGGACGUCCAGGAGCUGAUCGAGAGCGGCGUCGUGCCCAAGGUCGAGGAGUGGAAGAAGAUGACGGCCGAGUACAAGAAGAACACCAUCCCCCUGGGCCGUUUCGACUUCCCACAGCCGCAGCAGCCACCUCACCAUCAGGCCGGCAUCUCGCCCUACGGCAAUCCGUCGGCGGGUAGCAGCACCAGCUUCGGCACCCACUCCUUCAGCCAGCUCCAUCAGCAGCAGGACCUCCCCACACCUCCGCCCAAGGACGGCCUUUACGACUCUUCUGGCGGUCCCCUGGGAGGGCAAUAUGCGCACAACCACGAUGGUCACUCUUCGUCGCCAGCUGCUGCGGCCGCCGGGAUGGACCCGAUGUCGGAGCUGCCGCCUGGCAUGUCGCCGGGAGAGCCGCUACCGACGGGCAUCAUCACCUCUGCGGCCGUCGACUCUUUCCACUUUGAGCAGGGCGACUACUGGUUCCGCAUCCAGGCCACCCACGUCGCCGGCCCCUCGGACUCUGCGCCUCUCCACGCUCCACGCGCGCCAGAGGGCGAGGAGCGCGACCUGAUCCUCUACCGUCUCUACGAGGACUUCUACGAGUUCCAGAUUGCGCUCCUCGACCACUUCCCCUCCGAGGCUGGCCGCGAGACGGACGACAACGGCCACUCCAGCGAGCGCAUCUUGCCGCUGAUGCCUGGCCCGCUCGAUGAGGUCGACGACCUGGUGACGUCGCAGAGGAGGGUGGACCUGGACCAGUACAUUGUGGAGCUGUGCGCCCUGCCCGAGUACAUCAUGCGCAGCGAGCUGGUGCGCCUCUUCUUUGAGCCGAGACCCGGUGACCAUUGCACCACACACCCGGCGCGCGGGGGUAGCCAGGCUGCGGCGGGCGAGGCGAGGGGCUCCGCAAGCGCCUACAGCGGAGGCGGUCACCAGGCGCACCCGUCAAUCUCAUCAUCGUCGCAACACCACUCGCAGCCGACAAAAGAGGCGCUCCACAGCAACGGCAUCCACAAAUACAGCGAGGAUCAACCCGUCGGGCGGUCGAGCGGCACGUCUGGAGUCGACACGCUGCUCGAUUCGACACGCAACCUCUCGCUGGGCUCAGACGCCCACGUUCGCACCACGACGUCGUCGUCUCCUCGCACCUCGUCGUCGCACGCACGGGCGCCUUCCCAUCCUUCUCUGCCAGCGGCGGCGCCGGCAGCGAGCGGAGCGGCGACGCCGGCGUAUCACCGCAUCAAAGUGUCGCCGUUGCACGACAAGGAGAUGGUGUUUGCGUUGCGUAUGCCGCCGCAGCCGCCGUUUGACUCGCUUCUCGAAAAGGUCCGCGAGCGCAUCGGCGACGGCGUCCAGGCGCUCUACACGCGCGACGACGGCGCAGGCCGCAUCCGCAACGACGAGGAGCUGGCGAGGUGGCUCAGAGACGUUACCGAAAAGGGCGGCAAGGUCAUGCUCUACGCGGAGUAG